AUGACUCUCUGCCCGUGCUUUGGUUCUCAGUCCAGACCUGCACAUCCUGAGGAUGGAGGCAGGGCAAAGAAGGCUGUCCCUAAAGCCGUCACUAUCUCUGUGGCUAGUGGGGCUUCUCUGCUAAAGCGGCUGCAAGACCAUGAGGGUGACCGAGUGGAGACAUACCGGGAGCUGGAGAGCUUCUUGCAAGGAGACGAUGGCAGUUUGCAGAGCGGUGUCGUGAACCGCCUGAUAGCAGAGGUGUCCAGUGACAUGCGAGCAGCCCAGGGUGUGACAGAUGAUGUGAAGAUGGCUGCUAGCGACGUCCUGGUGGCUCUGGCCCGCUCCCGCUUCCACUUUGUCAUGUCUGAGCUCCAGAGCCACCUGAAGGCCAUGGGGAAGGUCCCUGAUGAGAUCGUGCUCCUCACCUUGGGCAAAAUGGCCCGCAGCUACGCCCUGCGGUGCAUCCCCUUCGUGGGAAUGACGCUGCUUGCCCUGCGUGCCAUGCUGAGCCGGGUGGGGAGUGGCCGGAUCCUGCGCGCCGUCUGCAGUGUUCUGGAGCAAUGGUCAAAAGGGGUCAAUACAUACUUCGGCAGCCAGGAGCAAUGCGCCUUCCCUCGCAACGGGGAAGCGCAGCUCUGUGAAGACAUUUACCCAGUCUUCUGUUACGUGUUGGUAAAUUGGCUGGGCUGCGAGGAAGAAGAGGGCAGAAGGGAAAGGGAAACCCCUCCCAGUGGGAAGGGCAGACUGGUGUGCAGGCGAUGCUGA